CCCAAGCCCGAAUGAAAAAGGUGGAGGGUUGCUUAAGGCCAUAAAAAGCCAGUGUUGAAAACAUGUUAGUACUCAUAAGCAUGAUCCUAAAUGUUUCAUGGUAAGACUAGUCUGUCUGGUAGCGGGCGGUUCGCGUACUGGUAUGUCGUCGGAUCGGUACGUAUCGCCCGUACCGGGUGGUACCAAUCUAAAUUGGUUGGACCAAGAUUGACAAUCCUUGGAACAUGAUGAGAUAAACUACUCCACUCUAUUUGACUUUGUGAACUAAAAUUUGAUGGUUAAUUUUUUUUUUUAACUUUUUAUUGGCAGCUGCAAUGACAUAUAUGAAUCUCCAAUUGAAUUGUGAGAGACACGAUGGCUAUGCAGGUCCAUUUCUCAAAGGAUUUGGACUGCCAUUUACAAGGACAAGUCUCCACAUUGUUAGUUACAGAUGCUCUUUUGUUUCUUCUUUGCAUUUUGUUCUGUAAUAUUUUGUGUCAAACAUUGAAAUAAUUAUAGAUGAUGUGUUCCAUAUUACUUAAUAGAAAUUCUUUUGCUUUUUGGCUUUCCACGUGUUCAAAAGUGUUCUUUCUUAGUUUAGAGGAUUCCACAAUAAGUUUAUGAAGAAACUAAUGUUAAUUAAAUUAUUUUUUCAUGCAUAUUAUGUGAAUGGAUAUGGUUUCUUAUCAAAUCAAUUUACAACCUGAUUUGGCAAUUUUGUACUUGAAUAGUUGGGUCUGUCUUCAAUAUUUGAUGAAAUUGUUAAAACUGAAGUAACCAGGCACAUGCAACCUACUGAUUACUUGAGCUUGUUUGGGGAAGAAUUCAAAUGAACUGAAGAUUAUUGGGAUGCUUCUUAUUUGAAUGUCUUGGAUAUAUCUGCAGCGGAAGAAGGCAGUCCUCAUGUCUUAUUUGGAUGUGCUUCACAAGCAAAAGCAGCAUGUGUAUUGAUUGAUUUAUGCUUUGGACCAUUAUCACCAUGGAUAUAUACAAUUACUGCAAAGGUUGAUCUUGCAAUUGAACUUCCGGAGGACCUCUUGGUGUUAUUCAAGUGUUUUCAUAAUCUGCUAGUCAUGCUUAUGUUGCUUUGAAGCAAGGUAUACAAUUUGAAUGGUACCGCUCGAUACGGGUGGUACGUACCAGUCCGAUAGGUUAUCGGUAUGCGGAUUGUCCGUUACCGCCCGGCACAGCUCGGAUUGGAUGAUGAUGUUAAAGUAAUAGCCACAACUGUUGGAUUGCACCGUCUGAUCUCGUUAAAUUUUUAUCCGUUUCUUCAAAAAUAUGUUCAGCCUCAUCAACGUGAUGUCACCGAUUUGCUUGCUGCAGCUGUCCAGGCCUGCCAUGAUAUGGUUGUGCUUUUUUUACUGUAGAUUUUCUAAGCAUUCAUAGUCAAGGCAUGCUGUUCCCAGUUCUGUUCUUCAGAUAGAAGAACUCAUCGAAGCUGUUUUUAUUUGAAUAGUACCUCCUGAUGUGGUUGAACCCUUAUUUAAACAAAUUGUGAAUCAAUUUGUGCAUGAUCGUUCUCGCACAGAGGCCAUUGCUGUUGGGCUGAAUGUUGUGAUGGAGAUCUGUAUCAGGAUGCCUUUGUUAAUGAAUGAAGAUCUGCUUCAAGACUUGGUCUUGUACAAAAAAUCACAUGAGAAGGCAGUUUCUUCAGCAGCUCGCUCCUUGAUAACUUUAUUCAGAGAGAUAUGCCCUUCUUUAUUGGUCAAAAAGGACCGUGGCCGUCCGGUCAAUCCCAAAGCAAGGCCAAAAGCAUAUGGAGAAGUUAGUAUAGCUACUGAUGUGCCUGACAUAGAGUUGCUGGAACACGUUGAUAACUCGAUGACUGACAGUUCUGAUGCUGAGGCUUCUGCAUCAGAUUUGGAUGAUGAGUAUGACAGUGAUGCUGAGACAGAGAAAGAGGAUGAUUCUUUGGAAGAUGAAGAAGAGGAUGAUGAGGUUUCAGAUGAAAAAAAUGAAGAAGAUUUAGGUAACAGUGAUAACAUUGAUGGGGAGGAAGAUGAUGGUGAUGAUCUUGAUGAUGAUAUUGAUGAGAAUGCUGCCUAUGAUGAAUAUGAUAGUGAUACUAAAGAAGAUGUGGAUCUUAGUGAUGAUAAUAUGGAUAUCUCCAGUGAGCUAGAUGCAUCAAGGAAAAAGUCUUCUAAUGACAUCUGCAAUGAUGAUGACCUCAGUAAUCAUGAAUGCGCUUGUGAUGACAACGAUGAAAUAAAGGAAGAGAAGGCCAAAUCAAAGAAGAGGAAGUUUGCGGAUUAUGUUGGACAACUGAAUACUUCAGAAUCAAGUCUUCGCACCCUUAAAAGACUAACAAUGGCCAAGAUGUCACAGAAAGCAUCAGAUGAAACAGAUGGAAUUCUUUCUAAUGAAGAUUUUCAACGUAUAAAAGAGUUGAAGGCAAAGAAAGAAGCAAAGCUGGUUAUGGCUCAGCAAGGUCUUUUGAGAAAGGGUAUAGACUCGAAAGUCUCAUCUUUCAAAAUUCCCUCUUCUGAGCAAUUAAGUAUAAAGCCAGUGGAUCCUGCUAUGCUAGAGGUCCACAUUAAAAGAAAGCUUAGCAAGGAGGAACGACUGGCCCUAGUAAGAGCUGGGAGGGAGGAUAGAGGAAAGUAUCAGGCCAGAACUGCUGUGAAACAAAAAAAGACGGGUGGUCUAAGCAGUCGCCAAAAGGAACAUAAAAAGAAGAUGCCUCUUUCUGCCAAAAGAGCAAAAGUAGCUCGCUCUAGGCAGGAGAAAAAACAGCGGCAAAGGCGGUCAGGCAAGCAGUUCCAGGGAAGGAAAGCAUGGAAGUGACAAAAUUUCAUAGCUUCCUAAAAUUUCAUGGCUUCGUAAAGUGACAAGAUUUCGUAAAAUUUUGACCCCAUGCAGUUUCUUCCAUUAGAAAAUUUCAUUUCAAAAGUUAUGAUUUCUGCUUAGAAUUUUGAUUUAUUUUCUUCUGUUGUGUAAGUCUUUAGCUGAUUUCAGAUGAGCUAUAUGUAAAUCAAAGCUGCCUUUUGUCUUGAAUGCUGUUGCAAGGAAAUAGAGCAACAGAUUUUAUUGAUUGUGUUUCAA